CUGCCGCUGCCCCGCCCUGUUCCCCCUCGCGGGCGGCUUCGCUCCUCCCCUUGGCCUGAGGAGCCAGGGAAGCCCCGGAGUUAGCCUGGCUUCCUACUCCCUCCCCCCGCCUGGCGGUUUCGCUCGCUCUCCCGGUGGGAUGGAAGUCCCCGGUGAUCCUUCUUCCCGGUAGCACGCGGCAGAUCGAUUCGGUGCAAAAUGCUGGGCAUGUAUGUACCGGAUAGGUUUGCCCUGAAAUCGUCAAAAGUGCAGGAUGGGAUGGGCCUCUACGCGACCCGCAGAGUUAAGAAGGGUGAAAAAUUUGGCCCUUUUGCAGGGGAGAAGCGAAUGCCUGAGGAGCUGGAUGAGAGCACAGACUGCAGACUCAUGUGGGAAGUUCGUGGGAGUAAAGGUGAGGUCCUUUAUAUCCUGGAUGCGAGCAAUCCACGCCAUUCUAAUUGGCUGCGGUUUGUCCAUGAGGCUCCAUCACAGGAACAGAAGAACCUGGCAGCCAUCCAGGAAGGGGAAAAUAUUUUUUAUCUGGCUGUGGAAGAUAUUGAAACAGACACAGAACUUUUGAUUGGAUACUUGGACAGUGACAUGGAAGAAGAGGAGGAGGAGGAAGAAGAAGUAACAGUUACCCAGGAAGAUGAAGGCAGUGGCAACAACAAAGAAAUGCAACCAGAUGGUGAGAAAGUUGCAAGUGAGCAAUAUCCCCUCACCUGUAAAGAGCAUGCAUGCCCAAACUGUGAAUCCAGUUUUGCUAGCCAGGAGAUUCUAGCUGAACAUCUUCAGGCUUUGCACCAAAAACCCAGUGAGGAAAAGGAAUUUAAGUGCCAAAACUGUGGAAAGAAAUUCCCUGUGAAACAAGCUUUACAAAGACAUGUACUUCAGUGCACAGAGAGUAUCAGCCCAGGAGACACUUCAAGAAGUUUUCAGUGCUCUGUUUGCAAUACUUCCUUCAGCUCAGAAUCGAGUUACGAACAGCACAAGGAGGCAUGCAGAGGGGAUGCCAGGUUCAUAUGCAAGGCAGAUAGCUGUGGGAAGAGGUUCAAGAGUAAGGAUGCCCUGAAAAAACAUAAAGAAAACAUUCACAGUGGACAUUCUAGGAAGAAGCUGAUGUGUUCAGUGUGCAAUAAGAAAUGUUCCUCAGCAGCAAAUCUCCAAGAGCAUCGAAAGGUCCAUGAGAUCUUUGAGUGUCAGGAAUGUGACAAGAAAUUUAUUUCAGCUAACCAGCUAAAGCGCCAUAUGAUAACUCAUUCAGAAAAACGCCCCUACACCUGCGAGGUUUGCAAUAAGUCCUUCAAACGACUUGAUCAAGUGACUGCACACAAAAUAAUACACAGUGAAGAUAAACCUUAUAAAUGCAAGCUUUGUGGAAAGGGAUUUGCCCACAGAAAUGUUUACAAGAAUCACAAGAAGACCCAUUCUGAAGAGAGACCAUUCCAGUGUGAGGAAUGCAAAGCUUUGUUCCGAACCCCAUUCUCUCUACAAAGACAUCUGUUAAUCCAUAACAGUGAGAGGACUUUCAGGUGUGAUCACUGUGACGCUACUUUCAAAAGAAAAGACACAUUAAAUGUUCAUAUUCAAGUUGUACAUGAUGGCCAUAAGAAAUACAAGUGUGAUCUCUGUGACAAAGCUUUUGUGACGCCCUCAGUCCUAAAGAGUCAUAAAAAAACUCACACAGGAGAAAAAGAGAAGAUUUGCCCAUAUUGCGGACAGAAGUUUGCAAGCAAUGGAACGCUGAGAGUUCAUAUUCGAAGCCAUACAGGUGAGCGUCCUUACCAGUGUCCUUACUGUGACAAAGCUUUCAGCAAGAAUGAUGGAUUGAAGAUGCAUAUUCGCACCCACACAAGGGAAAAACCAUACCAGUGUUCAGAGUGUAAUAAGGCUUUCAGUCAGAAGCGUGGCCUAGAUGAGCACAUGAGAACCCACACCGGAGAGAAGCCAUUUCAGUGUGAUGUUUGUGAUCUGUCCUUCAGCCUGAAGAAGAUGCUGAUCCGACACAAGCUGACUCACAACCCCAAUCGACCGAUGGCAGAAUGCCAGCUUUGCCACAAGAAAUUUACUAGAAAUGACUACCUCAAAGUGCACAUGGAAAAUGUCCAUGGUGAAACCGACAGCUGAUUGUGGCAUAUGUGAGAGGAAAGGAUGUCAUGCUCUGAAAUGCUUCAUUUGCGUGUAUACAAACUCCAGAUUUACCACCUGGCUUGUAAGCAUAGUCAAGAGAAAUAAUGGUUAUGUGUUCACAAAUUAUUUUUCCUACUUUUUUUUUUUAAUCUACUACUAGGAUAAAAACCAAAGAAAGACAUUUACCUGAAGUAAAACAUAGCUUGAAAAUAAAAAGAUGAAGAUUAAAGAACUUUGGGAAAAUUUUAUCCUCAGAAAAAU